AUGGUCCCGAGCGGACUAGCGGAUCCCGCCUUUGCGUAUGCGAUCUCCAAGGCCGACUUCUGCCCCAUCCCCAGAGGCCGCAGUUUCGUAAGCAAGGAAGAAGGGACAGAGCUGUCGGAUGUUUGGAAUGGCUUCGUCGACGAGUAUAUCGCCCAGGGCUCGGACGAGCGCCCGCGAGUCGAGAUUGAACGAGCGGCGAAGAUCAACACCCACUGCGGCGCGCUCUUCCGCGUGUGCGAGGGCCCGAGCUGCGGUAAACUCGAAGGAAGGGACGUGGAGCGGCUCAGUCUGUGUUCCAAGUGCAAGAUAGCCGUAUAUUGCAGUCGCACCUGCCAAGCUGCAUCGUGGAAGGAGCACAAGGAGCAGUGCAGCAGCGGUUCCCGCGUCGAGCAGAUGCUGCCCUCGCAGGCAGCUAUACAGGAACAUGUAUUCCCAGCGCUGUGGAAGGACGCCCUGAACCUUACACACCAUGUACUAUCGAAAGCACCAGAGAAAUGACAUCUCAG